AAUGAUUAAAAAUAUCCAAAACAAAGGGUACAAAAAUUUAGUCAUUCUGAGGCAAGGUUGCCAUGGUUACAUGGACAAAACGAGGUGACCAGGUGGAGGGUUUCUCCAACGCAUUUGUGUUUUUUAUUCUUUGUAACGACUGAAACAAUGGACGUGCUUUCGCAUUAUAGCUCACCUGUAAUUGAAUUCCCGGCAUCCCAGCCACUUGAGAAGCAACACACGUUGGUGGAUAAUUGUACGGGAACAGAUCCACCAGCCGCCAGUUCGGAUGCGUCUACUGAAACACAACGAAGAAACAAUGUGGCCUCUCAAACAGAACAAACAAGAUUGGCCACUGGCGGUAGUGGCGGAACCUGCGAUGAACGAGCCCUGGCCAAAUGGUUGCGUCAUAUAUGCCCAAUGGUCGAGCAGGAAUUAAUGCAUCCCACUCCCAUGAUGGAUGAGCAGACAACUAGCCAGGGUAGACUUGAAAAAGAGGUCAAUGUGCAUACAUAUCAGAAAUUGUCCAUGGGCAGCAGUGCGGAUAACUCACUGGGCGUGGGUUUGGCCAUUUGGUUGUGUGUCCAGACAAAUAAUGCGCCUGUGCUAGUGGCCACAACAGUGGCACCCCACGACGACUGGUGCGAGCAUGUGGAUCAGCAGCUAAAACUCUUUGUGCCCCAGCGUAUGUCACAUGGCAACUAUGUAAUCUUCAACGAGGCCAAGACUUUGGCAUUGAAGUCAUGUUUACGUAGCCUGUGCACGAAUCCCUUUAAUAAAAACAUUUUUGCCGGUUCCACAAUGGAUGGUGAGAUCUUUGUAUGGCUGUAUGAACAGCUGCGCAGUGGGAUCGGUGUCCACACCGUCGAUCCAAAUGUAGAGAUCACACAAUUGCACAGUGUGGCCUCGCCGCAGGGAGCAGCAGUGGCCCUUGAUUGGGUAUCGGAGAAACAUCUGGUGGCCAGCUAUGCCAAUGGAGCCCUACACCAGUGGGUUAUGGGCAAAGUAAUGACUUUGGAUUGGGAAUACACUUUGCCACCUACAAUUAACUCGGAAGUUACGGCCAUGGUGGUCUUGGGACUUGAGGAUUUCGUAUUGGGCACCAAUGAUGGCGGUGUCUAUCGCUGCUGGAGUAAUGGACGGCAAAACGCCAUGAACCCCAAGCACCUGCAACUAAUGGCAUUGCGUAGGCAUCGUUUUAUGGUCUCGACAUUGUUGAAAACAGAAAUCGAUGGUCAUCAGUUUGUUCUCAGCUGUGAUCUAAGUGGUCAAGCCUUCUAUCAUGACAUGCAACAUGUAGAUGAGGAUGCCGCCCAGUUGAGCAUACAGAUUCCAUUGCCAUUUAAGAGUGUCAUUGCCUGCAGUCAGGAUGGUAAUAUUAUCUAUUGCCCCAGCAAUGAUGGUUCCCUGGACUAUUAUCGCAUCAGCGAUGGAGCUCAUGCUCAAGUCAAGGGGGCCCUGCGCGGUCGUGGUAAUUACAUACGAAGCAGUGACAAUGGCUGUUGGCUCAUCACAGGACUCUAUGGCGAUGAAUUUCAAAUAUUCUAUGUGGAGCAAUAAUCAAUUCAAUCCAUUAAUAUGAUUCGAUUUUGAUAUUAUCGCUUUUAUUUGCAUAGUUUUUUUGUGUGUUUAGUUUUUUUUUGAUGUACGAUUUCCAUCUUCAUAUAAUAUUGCGGCUA